UGGGCGCCUCGUCACUUCCCCUGCGCUGGUUGCCUCAGCAGCUUCCCGGGCGAACUCACUGAGCACCGCGACCACGACCAGACUAUGACCCCAGGGGUGCUGCUGUUGCUUCUGGGGGUCCUGGGGGUGCUGCUCGCCCCAGGCGCCCACGGCUCAGAGGCGGAGGGCCAACUCCGCGACAAACUUUUCUCGGGCUAUGAUAGUACUGUACGGCCGGCGCGCGUGUUGGGUGACAGCGUCGAAGUCAGCAUUGGUCUUACCCUAGCGCAACUCAUCAGCCUGAACGAAAAGGAUGAAGAGAUGAGCACAAAGGUGUAUUUAGACCUGGAGUGGACUGACUACAGGCUGAGCUGGGACCCGGCAGAGCACGAUGGCAUCGAUUUGCUCCGCAUCACGGCAGAAUCAGUAUGGCUACCUGAUGUGGUGUUGAUGAACAACAAUGAUGGAAAUUUUGAUGUUGCUCUGGACAUUGAUGUUGUGGUGUCUUCAGAUGGCUCAGUCCGCUGGCAACCCCCAGGCAUCUAUCGCAGCAGCUGCAGCAUCCAGGUCACCUACUUCCCCUUUGACUGGCAAAACUGCACCAUGGUGUUUAGUUCCUACAGUUAUGACAGCUCAGAGGUCAGUCUGCAUACAGGCCUGGGUUCUGAUGGGCUGGAGCGGCAGGAAAUCUACAUUCAUGAAGGGACAUUCAUUGAGAAUGGCCAAUGGGAGAUUAUCCACAAGCCUGCUAGGCUAAUCCAGCCUCCAGGGGAUCCUAGGGGAGGGAGGGAAGGACAACAUGAGGAAGUCACCUUCUACCUCAUCAUCCGCCGGAAGCCUCUCUUCUACCUGGUCAAUGUCAUUGCCCCGUGCAUCCUUAUCACUCUCUUGGCCAUCUUUGUCUUCUACUUGCCACCGGAUGCAGGAGAAAAGAUGGGGCUCUCCAUCUUUGCCCUGCUGACCCUUACUGUGUUCCUGCUGCUGCUGGCAGACAAAGUACCUGAGACCUCCUUGUCAGUACCCAUCAUUAUUAAGUAUCUAAUGUUUACCAUGAUCCUCGUCACUUUCUCAGUCAUCCUUAGCGUUGUGGUACUCAACCUGCACCACCGCUCUCCCCACACCCACCAAAUGCCUCUUUGGGUCCGUCAGAUCUUUAUCCACAAGCUCCCUCUCUACCUGGGUCUGAAGAGGCCAAAACCUGAGAGAGACCAGCUGCCAGAGCCCCCUCACUCUUCUUCUCUGGGAAGUGGCUGGGGUCGGGGUACGGACGAAUAUUUUAUCCGGAAGCCACCGAAUGAUUUUCUCUUCCCCAAACCCAACAGAUUCCAGCCUGAACUGUCUACCCCGGACCUGCGGCGAUUUAUUGAUGGUCGAAACCAGGCUGUGGGCCUGCCUCCCGAGUUACGGGAGGUGGUUUCCUCGAUCAGCUACAUCGCUCGACAGCUGCAAGAACAGGAGGACCACGAUGCAGUUAAGUCCAAUAAGGGAGGACCAGAGCAAGAGCAGGUCUUCUGUGACCUUGGCUCCGCCCGCAAAUCUGAAGGAGGACUGGCAGUUUGUGGCUAUGGUAGUGGAUCGCCUCUUCCUGUGGACCUUCAUCAUCUUCACGAGCGUCGGGACCCUGGUCAUUUUCCUAGAUGCUACGUACCACUUACCCCCUGCCAACCCCUUUCCUUGAGGACUGGAAGGCCGAGCCUCAGGUUCUCGGCUAGUUGAAAUGAAAGUAUUUUCAAGCCUUAUAACCCCCUCUGCUUAAACCCUUUCGCUAGGAAUCCAGUAUUUUUAUUUCCUUUCGAGGAGAGCGCUUAAAUGGAACCGAGGGCUGGUCAGGGUGUCUUAGACCCACCUGAAAUGCAUAUCAGUUUAUUUGCUCUUUGGAUACUUGAGGCGGCUCCCUUGGAUAUCAAUGCCCAGGUCCCCAAUGAAGUAGAACAAAGAGCACAAAUUAAUGUAAGCCUUAGGAUGGCAGGAAAUGUCUUGGUCACUGUAAUAUUUCCAGCACCUGACACUGACCUAAAGGUUCAAUGUUGAAUGAAGAGGGAGGAUUUUCUGGAAAGAAAUAACACCAAUUAAUAGUUCCUACAUUUGCAUGUUUGGACUAAUUUUUUUUUCUGUUUUUACCUUAAUGUAAUUUAAAAAAAAAAAGGUUCUAAAGGCUAAAAAAGUGUUUUGAAGAAACACUUUAAAAAAAUAAACUAAAAAAAAGUGUUUUAAAGACCUCUAUUCAACUUCUGGCUUUAAUGCUCAAAUGACUGACUGCCCUGUAUCAUAGUUUCCACAUCUGUAAAACAAAGCUAAUAAUAGUAUAUGCCCCAUAGUAUAUAUCAACAAUAUCUGAGUUUACAAACUGGAGUGUUUUUAUUGGUUCAUGUUGUUGGCAUGUGCAGUUUCUAAUUAGGUCACUACUUUUAAAACUUGGAUAUUUCACAGA